UUUAUGCAGUAUAUAUCAUCAUUGAGGUAACAGAGGUCUCUCUGACACAAGUCAUCAUUGAAACCCUAAGCCUCCCCACAACCCCAUAUCUCUUUGUCUGAAAAAACUCUUUUGCAUAUAUAAAUAAAUAUAAGCCAUAUCUUUUGAAACUGUACUGCUGCACAAGUGUAGAGGCAGUGGCACAACAUCUUUAAGAAAGAGAGAGAGAAAGAGUCAUUUAUUCAUUUCCUCGCUUAAAAAUCUUGAGCACCCAGACAGAAUUCUUCUUUCUUCUUUCUGGGGUUGAGAAAAAUGAGUGAAAGAGAUGAUGGAUUGGGGCUAAGUUUGAGCUUGAGUUUAGGUUUUAAUCAAAAGGACCCGUCUUCGAGGUUAAAUCCAAUGCCUCUGGCUUCUUAUGCAUCUUCAUCACACAUGCAGCAUAUGCAGCAGAGCAAUUAUAACCAUCCUCAAAAGAUUCAGAACACUUGGAUUAACAUGUUUCAGUCAUCAGAGAGAAACUCGGACAUGAGAUCGUUUCUCCGGGGAAUAGACGUGAACAGAGCUCCAUCGACGGUGGUGGUUGACGUGGAGGAUGAAGGCGCCGGAGUUUCGUCUCCGAACAGCACCGUCUCAAGCGUGAUGAGCGGGAAGAAGAGCGAGCGAGAGCUAAUGGCUGCGGCAGGUGCAGUUGGAGGAGGUAGAGUAGAAGAUAAUGAGAUUGAGAGAGCUUCUUGCUCGCUCGGCGGUGGUAGCGACGAUGAAGACGGUAGCGGGAACGGAGAUGACAGUUCGAGGAAGAAACUCCGAUUGUCUAAAGAACAAGCUUUGGUUCUUGAAGAAACUUUUAAAGAACAUAGUACACUCAAUCCGAAGCAAAAGAUGGCUUUGGCUAAGCAAUUGAAUCUGAGGACGAGACAAGUUGAAGUGUGGUUCCAAAACCGAAGGGCAAGGACGAAGCUGAAGCAAACGGAAGUAGACUGUGAAUAUCUUAAGAGAUGUUGCGAGAAUCUAACGGAUGAGAAUCGGAGAUUGCAAAAGGAAGUGAGUGAGCUUAGGGCUUUAAAGCUUUCUCCACACUUAUACAUGCACAUGAAACCUCCCACUACUCUCACAAUGUGUCCUUCUUGCGAGCGAGUCGCUGUUACGUCAUCUUCGUCAUCGGUGGCUCCUCCUGUGAUGAAUUCAUCGUCUCCGAUGGGUCCGAUGAGUCCGUGGGCUGCCAUGCCUCUACGGCAACGACCUGCUGCUGGUUCUCAUUAGAGUUUAAUUAGUCUAAAGAUAAUAGGUUUGGUGAUUUGUUUUUAUUAUAUUGUUGAACGGACUUGGAAGUUCUUUUCAAGAGUUGGUCCCAUGCUCUUCUUUCCUUUGUUUUAUUCAGUUUCUAUUUAUAGCUGAAUUCUGGAUAAUGGAAAAUCUACUAAUAUUAUUGUCCAAUUAUUAGUUUGGGGAAAGAUAAGAGGUUCUAUCA